AUGAUAUCCGAAAACUUCAAGAUUCAAGAGUCAGAGCUAAUACAAACCAUACAUUCCACAGCUCAGAAGUUUGGAGCACAUGGAGUAUGGGGAGACGAUCCCACAGAAACAGGAGUUUGUAGGCUUGCUUUGACGGAUCUUGACAGACAAAUUAAAGAUUGGUUUAUUGAAGAGACCAAGUCGCUAGGAUGCACUAUAAAAGUUGACAACGUUGGUAAUAUUUUUGCAACGUUCCCUGGAAAGCACAAUGAUCAUCUUGCGACCGGGAUUGGGUCUCAUCUGGAUACGCAGCCAACAGGAGGAAGGUACGAUGGUAUCUACGGUGUUCUUUCCGGUCUACAAGUUUUGAGAACGCUUAAGAGUAACGGCUAUAUUCCAAAUUUCCCCAUUACUCUUGUCAACUGGUGCAAUGAGGAAGGUGCACGUUUUCCAAUGAGUAUGAUGGCCUCAUCUGUAUGGGCUGGUCUAACUACGAAAGAGGACGUGUACAAACUACAAGAUGUGUUUGAUAGCAGUAUAACUGUUAAAGAUGAGCUAAAGCGAAUUGGCUAUCUUGGUGAAGUCGAAUGCAGUCACCGUUUCAAUCGUUUAAAAUGUCAUUUUGAAAUUCAUAUAGAGCAGGGGCCAAUUCUUGAGGCUUUGGACAAAAAAGUUGGUGUGGUCACAGGAGCCCAAGCAUUUUCGUGGAUUGAGGUUACUUUUGAAGGUACCGCACAACAUACUGGAACCACGCCAUUGGAAUUUCGUCAAGAUGCGUUGCUUGCAGCUUCACAAGUGAUCUGGAAGCUUAACGAAAUGGCCAAAACCCAUGGGGGAUUGGCGACAGUUGGCAAGAUCUCAAUAGGGCCAGAUGUUGUCAAUGUCAUCCCCGAGAAAGUUUCCUUUGUAAUUGAUUUUAGACAUUGUGACGACAAUGUACACAAAGCGAUGGAGUCAGAAGUUUUCGAUAUUAUUGAGCAAGCUUCCAAAAAUGCGCUAGGAAAUGGUCGACCAUUGAAGUACUCCACAAACCUGCUUAUCCAUUCCCCUGCAUCGCAUUUUGACAAAAAAAUGCUUGGAAUCAUCAAAGAUUCUGCUUCGAGCAUUGUUGGCGAUACCUUAACCCACGAAAUUGUCAGCGGUGCAGGCCAUGAUUCCUGUAAUACCAACCAUAUUGUACCAACUGCCAUGAUAUUUGUCCCUAGCAAGGACGGCAUCAGUCAUAACCCUAAGGAAUACACCAAGCCAGAAGAGAUAUUUAUAGGGUUCAAAGUUCUGCUCGAAACAAUCUUGCGGUACGAUGCUGAUCGCUUGAGCGAGCUUCAACCUAAUUGA